UCGUGCAGUUGGGAACUGACCCUCUAUGGGGUCAGGAGGGCUAUGUGGGACAAUUUGUGAAGUAAAUAACAAUAAUCAUUUGUAUAGUUUUUGAGAGGUUUUAAUUCAGGCAAGAAUAUUCGAAAAAUUGUUUUGGUUACGUGCAAAGUGCUGAAAACACAGCAGCAAUGGAGACAGCGCCAUCGAAAGUAAGUUGUGCAACAUCCCCGUGGGGCAAGUUGAGUCAACCAGCUGAAACAGUUUCUUUUGCGGAUAUUAUGUCUGAACAAUUAGCGAGGGAUUUACAGCUGAAAGAAGAGGAAACCAUCUAUAACGAUACAUCAUCACAACCUACAUCUGCAACGCCAGAACUGAUCGCAAAUUCUCCUGAUUGUGAUAGUGAUCGCGUGAUUGCGCAAAUGUUACAAGUUCAGUUCGAUGAAGAAUAUGACAAAAUGUUAAGAAGAACGGAAAAUAAGUUCAACGGUACGUCGAAAGUGUCAGUGUCCUUUUCAAAUUAUAGAAUAAUACCUGAUAAUCUUGCCCAAGAUAGUGAUUCGGAUGAUUAUGACAUCGAUGAUAAACACAGGGUAUGGGACAGUUUUGUGAAAUCAGACAAAGCCUUUAAAGAAAUGCCUAAGUGCGGCUAUAAAAAGCAAGGCACGGAAAUGGUUACAAAGCACGACAUAGAAAUGUCAAGUCGCAGAAAUGCGUCCCGAGUAAUGGACUUCCCACCAGAAUUUCACACUGGUGACGGCGGAGGGUUUGAUAUGCAACUUUCAAACAAAGUAUUUAACAGUUUAAAAGUCUACUCACGUAAUGAACAGGCAAGACGGAAUAGACUCACCGAUAAGUGUGACCAGGCAACGGCAGAGUUGGGUGUGGACCCGAAAACACGUUUACUUUUGUACAAGUUAGUGAAUCAGGAAAUUUUGGAGAGAGUGAAUGGGACGUUGAGCACGGGGAAAGAAGCUGUGGUUUUGCAUGCCGAUGGAGGAUCAAACACUGAGUGUGUGUCUCCGAAGGAGUGUGCCGUUAAAGUAUUUAAAACCACUUUGAGUGAGUUCAAAACUCGUGACAAGUACAUACAGGAUGACUUCCGUUUCAAAGAUCGCUUUUCAAAACAGAAUCCUCGGAAAAUUAUCCACUUGUGGGCAGAGAAAGAAAUGCAUAACUUAAUUCGCAUGCAGAAGGCAGGUAUUUUGUGUCCAGAAGUUGUAAUUUUGAAGAAGCACAUUUUAGUGAUGUCGUUCAUCGGAGAAAAUCAUAUGCCAGCACCGAAAUUGAAAGAAGCAAAUUUAAAGUGUGCCGAGUUGAGUCUUGCAUACGAGGAUUGUUUGUCGACUAUGAAAAAGUUAUAUAAUGAUGCUCAUCUUGUACAUGCUGAUCUAUCAGAGUACAAUAUCCUGUGGCGCCAAGGGAAAUGUUGGUUUAUUGACGUCAGCCAGGCUGUGGAAAGAAAUCAUCCUCGGGCAUUAGAAUUUCUCUUCAGGGACUGUACCAAUAUAUCAAAUUUUUUUACUAAGAAGGGAUUGUCUGAUGUCGCUUCCCCAGAAGAAAUAUUCAAGGAAGUUUGUGGAACAGCUGUCUCAGAAGAUGGACCAAUGUCAAUGGAUAAAGCCCAAGAUUUCGAGAGAAAUGAGGAGUUAUUAACUUUUGAUCAGGCGGAGAAAGUAUAUUCAUUUGAUUACUGUUGGGAAAAAUCAAAGCCUUAGGAAAUGUGAGGUAACUGGGCAGAAGUGCAAUAUUUAUGGAGCUGUUUUUUUAAGAUGACUCGGGGAAUAUAUGUCAUUGGUCAAAACUAUAUCCAAAAAGCAGAAUUCCACAUUAUGCAUUUUGUAACUUUUCAGUUUAUGGAAAGUCUCAUGGAAGAACAUACACAAAUUAUGACCAUUUCUAUUUUUUCCUACAUUUAUAUUUCUGUUAAGAAUAUCAGGGAACUUUUAAUUUUUCUGUUAAUUACAUCCUACUCAAUUCUUUAUGCCAAACACAUUUGCUUGAUCAUUUCAAGUUCCUUAAAUGUUCUAUCUCACAAAAGACUUGGCAAAGGAUGUUGUGUGUACAAAUGUCUAAGUACUUGUAAAAUAAAUAAAAAGUAUUAUUUCUUU